AUGCAACAGUUAGAUUCUAAGUGUAUUUCAUACAAUCAACCAAAACUUUGUGCAAAUGCAACGUGGAACCAAACGGCUGUAACUUUUGCCAAUAGCACCAUGGUUGGCUCGUUACCUGUAGGCAUGUAUGUCGAUAGAAAUAACAGCGUCUAUGUAGCGGAUCAGACGAAUGCGAGGAUUCAAGUGUGGCUUAAUGGGAGUACCACACUUACAGGCACACUCUCGGGUGGUUUGUACUUCCCUUAUAGUGUGUUCGUUACAGACAAUGGUGAUGUUUAUGUCGACAAUGGCUACACAAAUUAUCGGGUUGAUAAAUGGGGAUGGAAUUCAACAAGCAGUGUUCCAGCAAUGUAUAUGUGUGCACCAUGUUACAGUCUUUUUAUCGAUAUCAAUAAUAUGCUUUACUGCUUAAUGAGUACGUAUCAUCAAGUUGUCUCGAAGUCAUUGGACACACGUUUAAAUGUAUGGAAUAUUGUUGCCGGUACAGGUACAGCUGGAUCAACAUCGGUUACACUUUAUAAUCCAUGGGGAAUCUUUGUUGAUAUUAACUUGAAUUUGUAUGUAGCUGAUACUGCAAACAGUAGAAUUCAAAUAUUUGCAUCAGGACAAUUGAACGGAAUAACAUUAGCAACAGGAGCCAUUACAUUGCUUUAUCCAACUUCAGUUAUAUUUGAUGCUGAUGGAUAUAUCUUUAUAACUGAUAACUGGAAUCAUCGUCUUGUUGGCUCAGGACCUAAUGGAUUUCGAUGUAUAGCGGCAUGUUCUGGAGCAGCAGGCUCGACAUCCACCCAAUUAUAUUAUCCACAUACCAUGAGUUUUGACAGUUAUGGAAAUAUAUUUGUCACCGAUCAAUACAAUAACAGAGUGCAAAAAUUUCUUUUUUUAUCAAACUCAUGUAAUGGAACGACAACAGUAACAACUAUUGCUACUGUAACUUCAAUGAAUAAUACUCAAUCAGUUUCUUUAACAACAAUUGUUCCUGGAAUAAGUUCUACAACUACAUCAUAUUCAAACCCUAUUUCAUACAAUAUGCCAAAAUUCACUGCGUAUACUACUUGGAGCUCUAAUGGAAUAACUUUUGCAAACACCACUGUGAUCGGAACAAGUCCUUACAGUGUAUUUGUUGAUAAUAAUAAUACCGUAUAUGUAUGUGACUAUUCUUUAAAUCGCGUUCAAGCGUGGCGUGAAGGUAGUAGUAAUCCGACAAGAACUGUUUCCGGUACUUUAAACAAUCCAUAUAGUGUUUUUGUUACAAGUAAUGGUGAUAUUUAUGCUGACAAUGGCUAUGCAAAUAAUAGAGUGGAUAAAUGGAUAUUAAAUGGAACAAAUAGUACUUCGGCAAUGUACGUCAAAAAUAUCUGCUAUGGUCUUUUUGUUGAUAUAAAUAAUAAUAUUUACUGUUCAAUGUAUAACCUUCAUGAAGUUGUCACAAACUCAUUGAUCAAUCCUUCAAACAUGUGGACAAUUGCUGCUGGUACAGGAUGUUCUGGAUCAACAUCAAAUACGCUUUAUAAUCCUCGUGGAAUCUUUGUCGAUACAGAUCUUAAUUUGUACGUUGCUGAUUAUACCAAUAAUAGGGUGCAAAAAUUCUUAUCAAAACAACUGAAUGGGAUAACGAUAGCGGGAACUGGAGCAACAGGAACCAUUAGUCUCAAUGGCCCGGCUGGAGUUGUUCUUGAUGCAGAUGGUUACGUAUUUAUUGCGGAUUAUUUGAAUAAUCGUAUUGUUGGAUCAGGAUCAAACGGAUUUCGUUGUUUAGUAGGAUGUUCGACUGUUGCCGGUUCAGCAUCUAAUCAAUUGCAUUAUCCGACAAGUUUAAGUUUCGAUAGUUACGGUAAUAUAUUUGUUGUUGAUAAUUACAACAAUCGGAUUCAAAAAUUUUAUGUAACAAAUAAUAUUUAUAGUACAAGUAUCAAUCAACCAAGCUUCUGUCCAUCUACAACAUGGUAUACAAAUGCAAUUACAUUUGCCAAUAGUAGCAUAGCUGGAACUCUCGUAUGGAGUGUUUUUAUUGGUAUUGAUAAUACUGUCUAUGUAGCUAAUCAACAAACUAAUAAGAUUGUAGUAUGGUUCGAAGGAAGUAUUAAUCCAGAUAAAAUUCUUUCUGGUAGUCUGAGUACACCAUAUGAUCUUUUCGCUACUACUCUAGGUGAUAUAUAUGUUGAUAAUGGUGUAAAUAAUCAUCGAGUUGAUAAAUUUUCAUUCAACUCAAAUAUAAGUACUUCUGUAAUGUCAGUUCCUUAUGGAUGUUAUGGUAUUUUUGUUGAUAUUAGUGAUACUCUUUAUUGUUCAACAUUUACUUCUCAUCAAGUUGUUAAGAAAUGGUUGAAUGAUAAUGCCCUUACAUCAACUAUUGUUGCUGGUACAGGUACAGCUGGAUCAACAGCAACUACGCUUAAUACACCUAUUGGAAUUUUUGUCGAUGCUCAAGUUAAUUUAUAUGUUGCAGAUUGUAUUAACAAUAGAAUACAAAUGUUUCCUGUAGGACAAUUCACUGGAAUAACGGUAGUAGGAGCUAGUGUACCAGGAACUAUUACACUCUAUUAUCCGUAUGGUAUUACAUUAGAUGAUAAUGGAUAUCUUUUUAUUGCGGAUUGUUAUAAUCAUCGAAUAGUUGGAUCAGGACCAUAUGGUUUUCGAUGUUUAUUUGGAUGUACAACAAUAUCUGGUUCUGCACCAAGUCAAUUGUAUUAUCCAGCAAUUCUAAGAUUCGAUAGUUAUGGAAAUCUAUAUGUUGCUGAUAGAAAUAAUAAUAGAGUGCAAAAGUUUAUAUUAGCAUCUAAUUCAUGUAGUCUUUCAUAUAAUCAACCAAUAUUUUGCUCAAGUGCAUCAUGGUCUGCGAAUGCCGUAACUUUAGCCUCAAGUUCCAUUGCUGGUUUAUUACCUUAUGGCAUUUUUAUUGAUGGAAUUAAUACUGUGUAUGUACCUAAUCGAAUAAGUAACACUAUUUUAUCAUGGCCUCAAUGGAGUACUGCACCAACAAGUAAAAGUUAUAGUAAUUUGAGUAAUCCAUAUAGUCUUUUUAUGUCUAUGACUGGUGAUAUUUAUAUUGAUAAUGGUUAUUCAUAUGGUCGAGUCGAUAAAUAUACAUUUAAUACAUCAAAUCGUGUUACUGUUAUGAAUGUUAAUGGAAGUUGUUAUGGUUUAUUUAUUGAUAUUAGUAAUAAUCUUUAUUGUUCACUUAAAAAUCUUCAUCAAGUUGUUAAACUUUUACUUAAUAGUGGUACAACCAUUCCGACAAUUGCAGCUGGAAAUGGUUCUGCUGGAUCACUAUCAAAUAUGCUUAAUUUUCCUCAAGGAAUCUAUGUUGAUAGUAAUUUAAACCUAUACAUCGCAGACAGUGUGAACAAUCGUAUUCAACUCAUUCAAACUGGCCAGUUAGAUGGAGUGCCAGUCGUUGGUAAUGGUUCAUCAGCAAAUAUUAUACUUAACUAUCCAACUGGAAUUGUUCUUGAUGCUAAUAGUUAUUUAUUUAUUGUCGAUAGUUACAAUCAUCGUAUUGUUGCGUCAAGUUCUACUGGUUUUCGAUGUUUAGUAGGAUGUUCAGGGGGUGGUUCAACUGCGUCUCAAUUAUCUUUUCCACAAAGUAUGGCUUUUGAUAGUUAUGGAAAUAUAUAUGUUACUGAUCGAAAUAAUAGUCGACAAUACCAACCACCACCACCACUACUACUACGAGCAGCAGCAGUAGUACCACCACUAGCACUACUACUACUACCACCAGCAGUACGACAAGCAGCAGUACUACUACCACUACUACCAGUAGUACUACAAGCAGUAGCAGUACUACAAGCACCACUACCACCACCACCAGUACCACUAGUAGCACUACUACAAGUAGUAGCAGUACUACGAGUACCACUACCACUAGCAGUACUACUACGAGUAGUAGCAGUACCACCAGCAGUACUAUUAGUACUACCACCAGUACCACAAGCAGUAGUACUACAAGUAGCACUACUACCACGACCUCCACUAGCAGUAGUACUACUACUACCACCACCACAAGUACAGCAACAAGUAGCAGCAGCACCACAAGUAGUACUACUACGAGCAGCAGCAGUACCUCAAGUAGCACCACUACUACCACUAGUACUACAACAAGUAGCAGUAGUACGACAAGUAUUACUACCACGAGCAGCAGUAGUACCACAAGUACCACUACUACGACGACCGCUACUAGCAGUACCACUACGAGCAGUAGCAGCACCACCAGUAGCAGUACAACGAGUAGUAGCAGUACCUCAAGCAGCACCACUACCACCAGCAGUACCUCAAGUAGCACUACCACCACCACCAGCAGUACUACAACAAGUAGCAGUAGUACCACAAGUAGCAGUACAACGAGUAGUAGCAGUACUUCAAGUUCUACUACUUCGAGUAGCAGUAGUACAUCAAGUAGCACUACCACCACCAGCAGUACUACAAGUAGUACUACUACUACCACUACCACUACUAGCAGUACUACUACAAGCAGUAUCACUACGAGCAGUAGCAGUACUUCAAGUAGUACUACCACGAGCAGCAGUAGUACCUCAAGUAGCAGCAGUACUGCAAGUACUACUACUACUAACACUACCACUAGCAUUACUUCAAGUAGCACCACAACUACGACCACCACUAGCAGUAGCAGCACUACAAGUAGCAGUACCACAAUUAGUACUGCUACUACCACUAGCAGCACCUCAAGUAGAACGGCUUCCAUCACAACUUCUCAAGGAUUAG